AUGGAGGCCGCGGCAGGAGGAACUGCUCUCGGCCUGGCCUUGCCGUUCGCGGGUGCGCACGCGUCCGUCCGGGCGCUGGGGGCGCCGCGGCCGCGCGCCGCCGAGGGCAAGGCCGCCGCUGCGAUCGGCGGCGACCGCGGCCCGCGCCACUGGGGCAGCGGUGGCCCGCUCAGCGGCAGGAGGCCACGCAGGCUCGCCUGGGCUGGCUCCGCGCUGGCCGCGGCGGCCGCGGCUCGUCGGCGCCGGAAGCGCCUGGCCUGCCGAGCCGCAAGGUCCCACGAGACCGACGUCGUCAUCGUGGGCAGCGGCCUCGGCGGGCUGAGCUGCGGGGGCGUGCUGGCUGCGGCCGGGCGCCGGGUGACGGUGUGCGAGUCGCACUACCAUCUGGGCGGUGCCUGCCACAUGUUCCGCGAGAGGGUCAACGACGUCGGGGAGUUCCACUUCGAGUCGGGGCCCUCGCUGUACAGUGGCCUGAGCCCCAACGCGACGCCGUCGCAGCUCAAGCACGUGUUCCAGGUGAUCGGCGAGGAGCCCGAGUGGAUCACGUACGACCGCUGGAAUGCGUUCAUGCCAGAGGGCGAGGUCAACGUAGCGGUGGGUUACAAGCCAGUGGUCGAGGAUCUUCUCCCGAAGUUUGGAGGCGCGGGCGCUGUGGACCAGUGGAAGCGGUUAAUGACUUCGCUGAAGCCCUUCUCCGAGGCGGUGUACAACAGCCCACCGUUCUGUGCCAUUCGGGACGAUUGGACCGCAGUAGCCACGUUGGGGCGCUAUUGGAGCCGGCUCAAGUCGGUGCCUGGCGGCCCAGAGAAGUUGAGCGAGCCUUUCGGCCCCUUCAUGGAGGCGAACGGCGUCCAGGACCAGUUCAUCAAGAACUACCUGAGUAUGUUCUGCUUCCUGCUGCAGGGGCUGCCCAGCUACGGCGCGCCGACCUCCAUGAUGGCAUACAUGAUGGCGGAUCUGUACCGCAGGGGGGGCACCUGCCUGGACUACCCCAGGGGAGGCUCCGAGGCCAUCGUGGACGCUCUCGCGCGAGGCAUCACGAAGCACCCUGGCAACCAGGUGCUGACGCGCGCGCACGUGGAGCAGAUCAUCGUCGAGGAUGGCCGCGCCUGCGGCGUUCUGCUCAGGGAUGGCAGCGAGAUCCGGGCCAAGGAGGUGGUCAGCAACGCGGACGUUGGUGUCACUCGGCGGCUCGUGCCGAAGGGCGCGUCUCCCGAGCUCGAGCGCUACUUCGGCGAGCAGUGGGAGCCCUUCGAGCCGCUCGGCUCCUUCAUCCACAUCCACCUGGGGUUCCGCGGGGACGGGCUGCCGAAGGCCCACUGCCCCGAGUUCCCCGCCCAGUGGGGCGUGGUGAACGACUGGGCCGACCUGGAAGCACCCCGCAACAUGGUGCUCGUGAGCGUGUCGUCGCUGCUGGACCCAGCCUGCGCGCCGGAGGGCUACCACGCGCUGCACGCCUACACCCCUGCCACGGAGCCGUGGACCGAGUGGGAGGGCCUGGAUCGCGGCUCCGACGAGUACAAGCGGAAGAAGCAGGAGGCGGCCGACUUCCUCUACAGCGCAAUAGAGCGCCAUCUUCCUGCCCGACAUCCGGAGCCGGGUGGUGUUCGAGCGGGUCGGCACGCCCCUGACGCACGAGCGUUUCCUCAGGAAGCCCAAGGGCGCCUACGGCUGGCGCGUCCUCGCGGGGGCCAACCUACCUGGCCACACGACGCCGCUGCCGGGGCUGCACAUGUGUGGGGACUCGACCUACCCCGGCAUCGGCGUUCCCGCCGCCGCCAUGUCCGGGCACAUCUGCGCCAACAACAUCCUCUCCGUGCCAGAGCAUUGGAGCUUGCUGGACCGGGUGCCGCUCUGGGACUUCGAGCUCGAGAUGUGAGGAGGAGGAGGAGGAGGAGGAGGAGGAGGAGGAGGAUUCACAGGUCGACACCGGCUCGCACAAGCCUUGCAGUGUGGCUUCGAGCGCUGGCCGGGAUUUUUCACCCGUCGUUUCUGUUUCCCUCCCCGGUGCAUGGUUGGGUGCGUCGGAGCCCCCACCGAUGCAGGCGCGCAGGGGGCCCCGCGGGAUCGCCCAGAAAGGUCCUCCGCCUCCCCCCUGACUCCUCUCCGCCCCUCCGCUCGGUGAGGCUGGGGGUUGCGAGCAAGGGGGUUGGUGGAUGCUGCGCCCGAGGACCACGCUCGACGUCUAACUUGUAG